AUUUUUAUGUCUUCUUGUUAUUAGAGCAAGUUCUUGUUGAUCCACUCCUUAAGCUUCGAUCGGUCUAAGCAUCCUCUACUGAUUAUUAGUCUAUAGAACUGCUCAUGCAGAUACACGCAUCGCGAUUUAUAGAGUCAAGAGGGGGACCGUUUCGAUCUGGGCAAUUGGAUUAAGAUCUUCUUUCAAUGAGAUGGGCAUAAGAAUGAGAUUGAUCACAUUGAUGCUCCGCGUAAAAAGUACGUGUGUUCGCUGAGAUUGAGAAGGGAGAGAUAUGGAAUUCAUCAGACUAGUACAUGAUCAUGAUCUUUGUUUCGUUCCUAGCUUCAGAUUUCUGACUUUUACUUAUAAAGAAUGUACUUAGUAGUUUGUUGACAUUUUUACACCAACGUAUCUAUGUACAAGUUGUAUUCAGAGAGAAGCAUAGUUUUGUCCGUAUUUUGUUCGCUUGUGGAAACCAAUUGAAAUUCGUGACCGCUGUGGUACCAAUCGCAAUCAAAGAAAUCACUUUGCCCACUAUCUAUUCCUGCACCAUACCUUCUAAUUCUACGAUUCAUAUCGAUAGAGAGUGCUUAGGAUCAUGGGUUCCAUGAGUAAUACAUGAUUAGCUCUAGCUUUUUAGAUGGAUCUCCACACUAACUAAAUUAUCAAAAUGCAGGUUGAACAAGCAUAUUGAGCAUCUCAAUUUGUAAGGGAGGAUGUGUAAGUAGUGUAAAAUAUGACUACGAGUACGCGAGUAGUUUCAUGCAUGGAUAAAUCCGGAGCAAACCUGAGUUCGAUAUGAUGCGCACACACAUUUAGGCAAUUCGUUAUUCUUGAAAUCGUGUCUCACUCUCAGUCUUUAUCGUACAUAGAAAUUAUUGCCCCCCGUGCCGUCGAUGUAUCGAAUUAGGUCGAGCUUGUAUUGUCUACACUUCUCCUGAGUUGAAAAUCUACGCGAGCACUCCUUGUACUAGUACUUACAAUGUAUCAACUGCAUGGACUCUGCAUCAUCAGACUCAUCUUAGGUUUUUCAGUUCGUUUCUCAGCAGGUUAAGGUGUACUUAUGUUUUCUUGAAUCACGGACAGCAACUACACAGCCGCACCCACAUCUUCAAACUCGAUUCAACAUGGCAUCGUCAUCGUCACCCGUUCGUCCUCUCGGACGCGGGGUGUCGGAGAAUCUCUCUCCAUUUCCAAGUGAUCUUCCAGAAGUGGAUGAAAUUGUGAGCUCCCUACCGCGUUCCCACAGUGGGGAUGUGAAAUCCCUCCGACGCGGCGAGCAGCACCCGCCAGAUCAACAAGAUGACGGGUCGUUCUUGAUCGAUGGACCGUUUACUCUCAGGCAUCGGCGGAGCGUCUCGAAGGACCUUCCAGGCAGCCGUUUCGAGGUCGCGUCCUCGUCGUCGUCAAAUCGGGAGCCAGGCAGCGGUAGACACCAUUCGGAUGACGACCAAAUGGGUGCGAGAAGACAUAGUGUGAUCAGUAGCGUAGCAACGAUAUCGGAAGAGAGCGACGAUGGCAGCACUGGGCCGAGCGCCAGCGAAGAAAUCACUGCUCUCAGGAAAGCGAGACAAAAAAACAGCAAUAACGCCACGGCAGACACAAAGUUCGAUACUGGCGAACAGGUUACAACAGGCGAACCAUCGAGCUCAGCAUCAUCUCCUGAUAUGGUAGACGGAAAUGACCCGACUGCGUGCAAACUCCACUGUCCUAGCAACAGUUUCGAAGCGGCGACAACACCGUCUGGCGAUAGGCCGCAAGGUUCGCCAGCAAGUCGGCCAAGAAUAGGGUCCGCGCAAAACAAACAGGGUGCCAUACCAAGCGUUGCUCGUAGCGGAUCCGGCCUGAUAAAUCCAGAGCUGCUCCAAAAGGCCUGCAAUGCUGUGAACGACCGAGGACUUUCUAAACUUUCGACAUGCAGUGAACUAGAAGAUGGCAAUGACCGGGACUCAAGAGUAUCCGCAGCUUUGUCACGAGUAUCCAACAGCAGCGCGACUUCCAAUGACGACUCUCCAUUGACAGGUUCUAAACUGCGCAAAAACAAUUUUUUCUGGUUGGAUCAACUGUAUCGAAAUCUCUUUAAUGCUCCGGCCGCACCUCGAGCUAGCCCUACUAGGCAUCCUUCUGCGAGUCCCUCUUCCAGACCCGCGCCUAGUCCCGUGCAAUCUUCGACGUCCGCGCAGUCUUCGAGUAAUGCUCCCACUCCAGGCCAAUCCACAUCUCGUAGCGUCGCAUCUUCAAAGACGGCACAAGAUUCUGCCAAACAGUCUACAGGCUCUACCGUGCCCCCACGAGGAAGAAGCAUGAGUCGUGGCCGAUCGGGUAGUAAGGCGGCUGCUGCGCCGCCUGUGGCACCAGUUGCUGCAACUGUGGUUGCUCCUGCGCCGUCGCCGACAGGAGGGCUUUUCCCCUCUGAAGCUAGUCACACCGGUUUCUGGCUGCUGUGGUUGGGCAUGGGCCUUUCUUCAACGUUGCAGUCGUUCGGCGCCGGAGUUUUUCUAUCCCAAGGUGCAGGUUCUGCUUGUGUGGCUCUUUGGAUUUUUCGCAACGUUGACAUCACUCAGAUUGUGGUGGAAUUGUGCCAGUUUAUUAUCGGUAUCUUUUUCCGCGACUUUCAAAGCCGCGGAGCGCACAAGAUUCCGCAAGGCGCAUGCAUCCUCUGUAUUGCGCCUCACAACAACCAGUUUUUGGAUCCCGUCGUGGUGGGCCGCGCCUUCCGCCCCUACAUCUCGUAUCCAGUAGGCUACGUGGCAGCGGCGCACUCUGCUCGACGACCUCUGAUAGGUGCGCUCACUCGCGGCUUUGGCUCGAUUCCCGUCGAGCGGCCGCAGGAUGUUGCAGUCAAAUACAAAGCCAAAAUGCGUCUACAGGGCGACAGGUGUACGCUUCUACCAGGUGAAGAAGAAGCAGGUGCGGCUGCUGACAGUACGCCAAUAAUCGAGAGUUUCCAUGACUUGCCAGAUGGUUGCGUGUUCAUCUUCGGAAGCGGAAUUCAGAAUGGCGUAGUUUCUGAAGUUGUAAGCGAUACUCAGUUGAGAUUCAAGCAUGCGGUCACAGUGACUGUAUCUGACGCAGUGAAGGAUAAAACGAGCGAAAAAGCUAACGAUGCAGCAGAGGACGGAAUUGAAUCAGGAGACGAAAAGCAAGUUGAAACACCCUCAACAUACACUCGAUACGAAGUUAGAGAAGUAUCGUCAUGCAAGAUCGCGAAGGCUGGUGACUCACGGGCAUUCCUUGAUGCUUGCAUAGACAGGUUGGAUUCCCAUCGUGUAGUGGGUAUCUUUCCAGAGGGAGGCUCCCACGAUCGCACCUCGUUGUUGGAACUGAAGCCGGGUGUGAGCUUGCUCGCGCUGCAAGCUUCCCUGGAACUCAAAAAACCGAUUCCAGUUGUACCAGUUGGACUCAACUACUUCAAGGGGCACAGAGUACUUAAAACUAAGAUUUUGCCCUAAAUUGAAAGCCAGCAUUUGGAGCAGAUGGCGAUGCGGUUUCGUUUUCUACCGUGUGGAGUUUCGCUUUUCACGUCGGGACGUUCUUGAUGAUCUCGAAAACUCAUAUAAACGCGUUGCGUCACAACUCUACUUGUACUGGUGAUUCUGUUUCUGUUUCUCGGUUUCAUAUCGCUAUCGGUACCUAAAAACUUCAAGAGGAACGAAGAAUAUGUUUUAAUCAUGUAGAAGAUUGUGAAUCUCUUUUUUACACACGCAGUUCCGCAGUCGCGUUUUUGUGGACAUCGAGGAUCCGAUUUACCCAUCGGAGGGCCUAUUGCAGGAGUAUGUGGAUCCUACGACGCGCCGGCAGGCAGUGGGAACGUUUUUGAAGCAGAUUUCGAAAAGUCUGCGAAAUGUCACGACUGACACUGAGUUAAGACGAGGACUAUUCAUCUACUUGCUGAUUCUUUCAUUUCUACAAUCAUGUUUUCUAGUCGCCGUAUGGCACGCUAAUAGCGGUAGUGCUACGUAGAAUUGAAAAUCGGUUUGAAGAGCUCUCUUCUAAUGCGGGACUUUGAAACGUUGAAAUUGUAUUGGGCGUUACGACGCUUGUACAUACAACCGACCACGCGGCUGAACUACGAACAGAAGCAAAGUAUGACAAGAGCGUUCGCGGAGGGCUGGCCGCGCGUGAAGGACAACGCGGCUAUUCAAACACUGACUGCACGCGUCAAAGUGUACACCGGGUUGCUGCAGGACUACGGUAUUCACGACUAUAUGGUGGCGAGGCUGUUUUCAAAACACCAUCAGGUUGAACCUUCCGUCAACACCUACCCACCGAAUGGGGAGCUUCCGUGUUCCCAGCAGCAGCGUGACGAGGAUGAGCGAGAGGCUCAGCGUGUAUUAGCUCGCUCGUUGUGGGUUAACCCAGGAUUUUUCUCGUUGCACAAUCUAACUUUUUUUUCUUUUUGGCUAGCCUAAGGACGCUCCGACCUCCUAUGGACAGGCGUCGCCAUACCGCUCGUUUUGCUUUGGACCCGCUGAGCGGGACCCCCUUCCCUGGGAUGGCGAAAUAUGGACUCUAUAGGCGUCCCCAGAGGGGCCGCCUCCCUUUAAGAGGCUCGGGUCGGAGGCGCUUGGGAGGGGACUCAAAAAGUGGGACAAAAAGGGCCCACUUUGGCACCCCCUAGGCCCCACUAGUUGGGGCCGUUUCGGUCCUCGCAAAACGUGUCGCCGUUUUAUUUUCAAAAAAGGGGUGCAAAAUGCGCCCCAUUUUUGUCGACGUUUUUUUCCAAAAAAGUACCCGUCUGGGGCGCUCCUUGGUUGGCUCCGACCUUUGGGCCGGAUGUUGCCAUCAUGCGCGCCGGGCCGAAUAGCCUUGGCAGCUGCUUCUCUGCGGAUGUCGACGGCCCCGAAAGCCGACUGGCAAGCGGCGCCCAGGGUGUAAGGGAGUGCGCCAGGCCUUGCCACUAGCGGCAUUGAUGAAAAAAAAGGUGAUACAACGAGAAAAAUCCUGGUCUAAGUGGGGGACGCUGGCGCACCGUGCGUGCCUCUUGCUGCUUUUCAGCCUGAUCGCACUACCGCUUGCGGUACUGGGUUCGCCCGUCAUGGUACUCGCGCACAUGGUCGCGCGGAGCAAGGCGAAAGAAGCGCUCACGCGCAGUACAGUAAAGAUCGCCGCUCGGGACGUGAUCGGCACGUGGAAGGUGCUAACAGCGAUGUUUCUCGUACCAGCGCUGCAUUGCUUCUACACCUUUGUCGUGUACCAACUCAGUGGUGAACCCUGGGCCUUGUCCUUUUUCUUCUUCAUGCCCUUUCUGUACCUCUUCGCUGUGAGCAUUGGCGAGAACGUGAUUCGAAUCGUGCGCAGCAUGCACCCACUUAUACUUCUGCUGAGAAAACCAAAGCUCGUGCGGGAAUUGUGCGAGAAACGAGAGGACUGCGUGGCACGCACUUGCCAUGCAGUAGACCAAAUUGGUUGGGGCAUCCGCCACAACAGUUCUGCACGUUCACCAUCGUUGCCACCCAGCGGUGGAUCUUCCCCUGCAAGCCCCAGUGUCGAUGCGACCGCGACGGCAGAGACCGAAAAGAAACAGGAGUAAAUACUUAAAACAAAUGAAAGAUUCACACCGAGUCCGAGAGUCAAAGGGAUGCCUUCAAUAUAAGUUUUUAUAUAUUUAUAUAUAAGAUGUAAACCACACUACCGCUCGAUGAUGCAAUGAAAAAGAAAUACACGCUUGUUCACGAAAAAACACUAUAAUCAAUUCUACACUUAGUUGGGCUCAAAUUGAUUAUUCUGGAGCUUGAUAUUCCUCGGCUACUUGCUUCCUACUCGAUGUUCGUUACUCGUCCGUCGAGUUCGUUUGUAACUGUAUCUUCCGAUACCUGAUACCCUCAAAGACGCAAUAAAAGUCAGAGACCCCUCCCGCUCCCUCCGCAAAACUCGCGAUCGCAACUGUGGCAGAACGAGUACAUUCAUUUUUCAAAUGUGUAACAUACGCUUCUUUGAUCUCUAGUAGGCAUCAAGUAGUAGUAAUAUUUUCUUAUGUCUUCUCUGUCCGCGUGUCCCGCCCGCCUCAUCCGGAAGACAAGACGAAGACACACUGGGCGAGCGCGAGGCGCCAAUAUCGUCGAUGGUAAAUGUGGUUGUUCUGAUCGGCGUAGCAACUCUUUGUGCCCCUGGACGACGUGAUCCACCCCAUUUCCUUUUUCCAAGCUUUUCUCUACAUCUCUUCUAUGCUAGUUUUCACAUUUGUGUUUGUGAAAAGUCAUCUUCUCCAUCCCCUUUUGAUAUGCUAGUAAGAUUUUUUUAACCUUUCGUUCUGAUUCAUCUUCGAAGUUGUUUCUCGAUCUGCUAACUACGUGCAAGUACUAAUGCAACAAUGAUUGAAUUGAAUUUUUUUUACAAGAGGAGCACCCAAUGUCAUGACUCAUACAUACACAAAUAUGGGGAGGCUAUCCACUCCUCAAAAAAAAAAACUCCAGUUAAUUCUUGCACAAAAACUGACUAACUGUCACUCAUGUUGAUUUCGUGUCUCACUCCCGCACCUGCAUUGGGCGUCCUUGUGCACCCGUCCGUGUCAGGUGUCCAAAGUGGUUUCCGCUUACAGGUGGUGCUUCGCGAUACUUCAGCCCAAGAUGAAAGAUGUUGGUGAUAGUGGGCUUUGUUCCUCUAACGCUCCUCAGGCGUUUAACAAAGCGAUGAAUCUUCCAAAGUGAUCAGAUCACAACCAUUCUUUUAUUCUGUUUGCUGAUGGCAGAUAAUCACAACCCCGGAGCAUUGUUGGCACACGAC